AUGGGCGGGGGCUCCGCCGCUCCCGCUCCCCCCCCGACACCGCUCUCCGGGCCGCCCCCAAUAAAGGGGCGGGAGCGCCGGGGGCCGCUCCGCGCCGGCACCGCCUGCGCCCGGCUGGGCUGGGAACGGCGGGGAACGGCUCGGCACGGCUCGGUGCGGCCCGGCGGGGGGCGGUGGCGGGAAGGGUCGCCUCCCCUUGAUGACGCUUUUGCCCCCCUUCGUGGGGUAUGGGACCCCCCCCCCGUGGGUCCGAUGGGCAGGAACAGCCGGUGUGUGCCGAUGCCUGGUGCCGAGACUUGGAGCAGACGGGCAGGAGGCAGCGAGGAGGGCUUGUGGAGGCAGAAAGCGCGCACAGCCCGCAGCGAAGCUGGCAGCCUCCCGCACGGCUCCCGGGGCAGUGUGUGGGACUGUGGGCCAGGCCUGGCAUCGCUCAACCGGGAGGGCUGGACGGUGUGCGAGGACGUGCUGGAGGCUGACAUAGCCUUCCUGGUGGACGGUUCAUCCAGCAUUGGCAGAAACAACUUCCGUGCUAUCCGCACCUUCAUGGAUGAGCUGGUGGGGCCCUUCGUGCAGGCAGUGGGUGAGAAGGCGGUGCGCUUCGCUGUGGCACAGUACAGCGAUGAGCCACGGGUGGAGUUCUCUUUCUCCCAGCACACCGAUGGUGUGAGUGUCCGGAGGGCCAUCCAACAGCUGAGCUACAAGGGUGGCAACACUCGGACUGGUGCUGGCUUCCGCUACAUCGCUGACAACUUCUUUGGCCCCACGCAGCUCCGGCCUGGGGUACCCCGGAUCUGCAUCCUCAUCACGGAUGGCAAGUCCCAGGAUGAUGCUGAGGGGCCAGCAGCAAAGCUGAAGAGCCAGGGAAUCAAAAUCUUCUCUGUGGGGGUCAAGAAUGCAGACCACAAAGAGCUGAUACGCGUGGCCUCAACACCGACCGAGUCCUUCUUCUUCUAUGUCGGUGACUUCAAGCUGCUGGGGACACUGGUGCCACUGAUGACACGCAGGGUGUGCACAAGCGUGGGGGGCACCCUGCGCCUGCUGGAUGGGCCAAGCCAUCCUGGCCCUUCCAACCUGGAGAUCCUGGAGCGGGGCCUCGACCAGCUGCGGAUCCGCUGGACGGCAGCCAGUGGCCCCGUCACCGGCUACCGGGUACAGCACGUGCCACUGACAGGGCUGGGACAGCCGAUCGUGGCGGAGAGACGGGAGGUGAGCCUGGGGCCGCGGGAGACCAGCGCUGUGCUGCGGGGGCUGCGCACGGGGACUGAGUACCUGGUCACUGUCACCGCACAGUACGCCAACAGCAUCGGCGAGUCGGCGUCCAGCCGAGCGCGCACCCAGAGCCGUGCCGGCUCCGUGCUGGAUUUCCGUGUGGUGGAAACAGGACCGACCUUCCUACGGCUGGCCUGGCAGCCUGGCCCCGAACCGCCCCAGGGCUACAGCCUCAGCUACACCGUGCAAGGAGUGCCCCAGGGGGAGGAGAAGAUCUUGGGGGCCAUUGCGCAGUCGGCCACUCUCAGCAACCUGCACCCUGACACUGAGUAUGUGGUGACGCUCAGACCCCGAUCCACGCAACAGCCAUCCGUCCCUGCCACCCUCACCGCUCGGACACGGCGCCCGGUGGGCAUGCAGCACCUGGCUGUCCAGAACAUCUCAGCACAGAGCAUGCUGCUGGCCUGGCAGCCUGUCAGUGGUGCCACUGGCUACCGGCUCUCCUGGGCGACCCUCACAGGGCAGGACAGGCACAGGGUGGACCUGGAUGCUGGGCAGACGUCGCAUGCACUGGGGGGGCUGCAGCCCAACACUGAUUAUGUGGUGACGGUGGCCCCACUCUUCGGGCAGCUGGAGGGAUCCACAGCCACCAUCCAGCAGAGGACGGAGGCAGGUGGGGAGCAGACACUUCGGACCAACAUCCUGGGCCCCACAUCCAUCCAGGUGCUCUGGACCAGCACCCGUGAUGCCCGUGGCUACCGCCUGGAGUGGAAAAGAGCCACAGGACCAGAGCCCCCUAGGACAGUGUCACUUCCCAGCAGUGCCAACACCUACCAGCUAAUGGGGUUGCAGCCAGGCACUGAGUACCGCAUCACCCUCUACACACUCUAUGAUGGUGGGGAGGUGGCCACCCCUGUCACCACCUUCCAGACAGGUGUGGACAUGCCCGUGGGUGCUGUGUCAGACCUGCGGCUUGUUGAGGAGUUGGGCAGGCGGGUGCGGCUGGGCUGGACUGGUGUGCCUGGUGCCACAGAAUACAAAGUAGUGGUGCGCAACAACCAGGAUGGCACGGAGAGGAUGAGGCGUAUCCCGGGCAGCCAGACAGGAAUGGAGCUGAGUGACCUCCGUGAGGGCAUCACCUACCUGGUGCGUGUCUCAGCUCUUGUGGGUGGCCGGGAGGGCAGUGCUGCCACGCUCACACUCCGCCUCAAAUACCCAGUGGUGGGCAGCAUCUCAGAGCUGCGGGUGACAGAGGCCGGUCCCAGCCAGCUGCGGGUCACCUGGAGAGGGCUGCCAGGUGCUGGGGGCUACCUGCUGACAUGGAGAGGCAGUGAUGGUGUGCAGCAAUCCCGUUUUCUCCCUGCCAACCCCACUGCCUUCACCAUCGAGGGGCUGCGUGCUGGCAUCCUCUACACUGUUGGAGUCUCAGCCAUUGUGGAUGGCCGUGAGGGCAGCCCUGUCACUGCCACGGGGCGGAUAGUGACCGAGCAGGUGGGGACAGUGUCCCAGCUGGAGGUGCAGGCAUCCAGGAACAACAUUGCCCGUGUCACCUGGGUUGGUGUGCCAGGAGCCACUGCCUACCGCGUGGUGUGGAGCCGCAGGGACGGUGGGUCAGAGAACAGCCGGCAGGUUCCUGGCCACAUCAACUCCUUUGACAUCCCUGAUCUGGAGGGAGGUGUCUCCUACACUGUGAAGGUGACAGCGCUCAUCGGCAACCGGGAGGGCAAUCCUGUCUCCAUCGUUGUCACCACUCCCCCUCUGCCCCCCGUCAGCAGCUUCCAGGUGACAGAGGCUUCAGAGCACCGCCUGCGUCUGGCCUGGGUGCCGGCUGCCGGCAGUGCUGGGUACCGGCUGGUUUGGCGCCUGGCUGAGGGGGGUCCCCAGCACAGCCAGCAGCUCCCAGCAUCUGCCAACUCCUACGACCUGGGGGGUCUGGAGCCAGGACGGCGCUACCACAUCAGCAUCACCAGCCUGGCGGGUAGCCGGGAGAGCAAGCCGGCCACUGUCACCGCUGUCACUGCCACCCGAGCCCAUGUCACCAGCCUGCGGGUGACAGAGGUGCAGAGAGACUCGGUGACGCUCACCUGGUCACUUGUCCCUGGCGCCUCUGGGUAUGUCUUCUCCUGGAGCCCCCCCGCAGCGGGGGGCGAGAGAGGGCGGACACUGCCCAGCACUGCCAGCUCCCUGCAGGUCUCUGGGCUGCGCCUGGGGCAGCGUUACACCUUCACCAUCCGCCCACUCCUGGGGAGCACACCGGGUGCUGAGACCUCCGUCAGCGAGCGCACAGUCUGCAGGGACGCCCGCGGUGACAUCGUGUUCCUGGUGCACGGCACCCGUGACAGCUCUGCGGGAGCUGAUGCCGUCCGCACCCUCCUCUCCAACACCGUGUCCACCCUGGGCCGCCUGGGCCCCGAGGGCACUCAGGUGGCUCUGGCCACGUACAGCUACCGCAGUCUGCCCUGGCUGCUCCUCAACCGCUCCAGUGACCUGCAGGCUGUGCUGGAGCAGAUCCGCACCAUCCGCUACGAGGAGCCCAGCGGCAACGCCAUCGGGGCAGCCAUCACCUUUGCCAAGAACUACCUGCUGAACCCUGGUGCAGGGCGCCGACCCGGUGUGCCAGCUGUGCUGGUGGUCCUGGCUGACAGCCCCUCCGGGGAUGAUGCCAUUGCUCCAGCCAGGGAUGUCAAAGCUGGGGGGGUCCAGGUGUUGGCAGUGGGCUUGGAAGGGGCAGACCACGAGCAGCUCCGGCGUGUAGUCACUGGCGAGGACCCACGGUACAUCUACCACAGUGGUGGCACCUUGGCAGAGCUGGAGGAAGAGCUCACUGAUGACCUCUGCACCAUCAUCUCCACCAAGCCAAAGCCGAAGCCUUGCACUGUGCAAUGCCCCAGGGGUGAGAAGGGGGACCGUGGUGAGAUGGGCCGCCAUGGACUUCCUGGCCCCCCGGGACCCCCGGGGCCACAGGGUGAGCCAGGAGGGAGCAUCGAGCAGCCAGGCAAGAAGGGGGACAGAGGCAUUCCUGGCCCCCGAGGGGAUCCGGGCCCACGGGGCCAGAUGGGGCUUUCUGGCCCAAAGGGGGAGAAAGGCGAGCCGGGAGAGCCCAGGGUGAUUGUGGAUGGAGAGCAGGGGCUGCCAGGCAGGAAAGGGGAGCCAGGCACACCGGGCAGCCCUGGCCUCCCUGGGACCCCUGGCCCACGGGGGCCCUUUGGUGAUCCAGGUCCCCCUGGUCCACUUGGACCUGUGGGGCCACCAGGACCUCCAGGAGAGUUUGUCAAGGGGGAGAAAGGUGACCGAGGAGAGAGGGGACCCCCAGGACUGGUGGAUGGGGCUGUGCGAGGGGAGCCUGGUCCACCGGGCCUGCCUGGGGACCCUGGGCCUCGGGGACCUGCUGGACCCCCUGGACUGAAGGGAGAGAAGGGUGACAGCAAAGAAGGUUUCCCAGGGCCACCCGGCCACCCUGGGGAUCCAGGAGACCGGGGGCCUCGGGGACCACCAGGCGAGCAGGGCCGGAAAGGUGACCGUGGGGCACCAGGCGAGCUGGGAGAGAUGGGCGAGAAGGGGGACCGAGGUGUGCCAGGCCCUGAGGGUGAGAAGGGUGAGGCUGGAGCCCCAGGACGCCCAGGGCCAUCAGGCAGAGAGGGUGAACCAGGAGCACCUGGCAAGCCGGCUCCCACUGUGGUCGGUGUUGGAGAGAAGGGUGACAGAGGUUUCCCAGGACCAGAAGGACCUCCUGGCCCUAAGGGCGAUGUAGGAGAUAAAGGUGCCCGUGGUGCCCCUGGACUGAGCAUUCCAGGGCCAGCUGGCCCCAAAGGCGAGCAGGGCGAUCGGGGUAUCGUUGGCCUCACAGGCAGGACUGGCCCAAAGGGUGAUCCAGGGGAGCCAGGGGAGAAGGGGGAGCCGGGCCGAGCGGGUGCCCCAGGGCAGAUCGGGCUGCGAGGCAAGGAGGGAGAGCGUGGAGAGAAGGGUGAUGAAGGCACCCCGGGUGAAGUGGGUCUGCCUGGCAAACCUGGAGACAGGGGUCCCCGGGGCCUCCCCGGUUACCGUGGGCCCCCCGGGGAGAAGGGCGACUCAGGGGACCCAGGUCCCGAAGGCAGGAAUGGCAGCCCAGGAGCACCAGGGAGCAAGGGUGACCGUGGGGAGCCGGGGCCUCCUGGACCCCCAGGAAGAACUGUUGAUGUGGGGCUUGGAGGAGCAGGGGAGAAGGGUGAGAAGGGGGACCCUGGGGACCCCGGUGAGGACGGUGCGAAGGGGGCCCGGGGUGAUGCUGGCUCCCCUGGACUGCCUGGAGAGAGGGGCGUGGAGGGUCCCCGUGGUCCCCCCGGUGCACGGGGUGACCCCGGAGACCGAGGCUUGCCGGGAGAGAAGGGGGACCGUGGCCCCCCGGGGCUGGAUGGCCGCAAUGGGCUGGAAGGCAAACCUGGGCCCCCAGGUCCCACCGGGCUGCGGGGGGAUCCAGGAAAGCAGGGGGACCCUGGACGGGAUGGGCUGCCUGGGUUGCGUGGGGAGCAGGGACUGCCUGGCCCUGUGGGCCCCCUGGGACCACCCGGCCCCCCUGGAAAACCUGGAGAUGAUGGAAAACCUGGGCUCAGUGGCAAGAACGGAGAAGAUGGGACACCAGGAGAGGAUGGGAGAAAGGGUGACAAGGGUGACACAGGACCCCCUGGCAGAGAGGGCCACAGCGGUGCCAAAGGUGAGCAAGGGGACAGAGGUCUGCCAGGUCCCCUUGGCCCCCCUGGCCUCCCUGGCAUCCCAGGACAGGUUGGCCCCCCAGGCCAGGGCUCACCAGGUCUCCGUGGUGUGGCUGGACCAAAGGGAGACCCGGGGGAGCCUGGACUGCGAGGAGAGCCAAACAUUGAACGUAGCUUAGAAGCACUUGGCAUUAAGAUUUCAUCUUUGAAGGAGCUCACAGGUGCCUACGAUGGGAGCUCAGACUCCUUUCUGCCAGUGUCCGAGCGGCUGCGGGGCCAGAAGGGCAGCCGGGGGGAGCCAGGAGAGAGGGGACCUCCAGGCCGAGAGGGCUCCUUAGGCUUCCCUGGUGAGCGAGGACCCAAAGGUGACAAGGGGGACCCGGGUGCCCCUGGCCCCCAGGGCCCCAUAGGCCGUGCUGUGGGUGAGCGGGGUCCUGAGGGGCUGCCUGGGCAGCCAGGGGAGCCUGGCAAACCAGGCAUCCCUGGGGUACCGGGCCGGGCUGGGGAGCUGGGAGAGACUGGGCGGCCCGGUGAGAAGGGUGACCGGGGUGAGAAAGGUGAGCAGGUGAGCUGGGAUGGGGACAUGGGCAGGGACGGUUUGCCAGGACCCCCAGGGCCCGCAGGGCCCAAGGCAGAUGUGGUGGAGGGCAGCCUGAUGGGCUUCCCGGGUGAGCGUGGCCCCAUCGGACCCAAAGGAGCAAAGGGUGAGCCAGGAGCCGAGGGUGAACGGGGACCCAAAGGAGAUAAGGGUGAGGGCGGUCAGCGAGGUGACCGCGGGGAGCCUGGCGAGAAGGGCAGAGAAGGUGUCCCGGGUCUGCCGGGUGAGCGAGGGCUGACCGGGCCUGAGGGGAAGCCGGGCAACCAGGGAGACCCAGGACCCCCAGGACCUCCGGGCAGCGCUGGCCCACCAGGGAUCCAGGGCCCAGCUGGGACCAAGGGUUUGCCUGGUCCCCAGGGCAGCAUGGGGCUGCCUGGACCUCCCGGGCCCCCUGGCCCAGGGGGCCCACCAGGUGUCCCUGGGCUGCCAGGACAAGUGGGGGAGAGUGGGAAGCCGGGUGUGCCGGGCAGGGACGGUGUGCCAGGGAAGGAUGGCGAGGCAGGGAUGCCUGGGAAGAUGGGUGUGCCAGGACCUUCGGGACCUGCUGGUCCCAAAGGAGAACCAGGGGAUGCUGGACCCCCAGGGCAGGGCAUUGCUGGCCCUCCUGGCACCAAAGGCGAGAAGGGAGAGCCAGCGCUGCUGGAGGGUGUGCUGCUUGGAGAACCAGGCUCCAAGGGUGACAGAGGUUUGCCUGGUCCCAAGGGUGAGAAGGGUGAGCCAGGAAGAUUCGGGGAGCCAGGAGAUCCUGGGGAAGAUGGAGCCAAGGGGUCCUCCGGAGCCAAAGGGGAGAAGGGAUCUCCAGGUGUUGGUGUGCAGGGACCACCAGGACAGAAUGGGCCUCCAGGCUUGAAGGGUGACAUUGGCUUGCCAGGACCCCCAGGACCCCCAGGCUUAGCAGGCAUUGCUGGAACACCAGGACAGCCGGGCCUGAGAGGGGACAAUGGGCAGCCUGGCCCUCCAGGUGCCCCAGGAGAGAGGGGUUUGCUUGGCUUUCCCGGGAGAGAUGGCACUCCUGGACCACCAGGACCUGCUGGACCCCCAGGGCCAGCUGGCAUACAAGGAGCCUCUGGCCUGAAGGGUGAAAAGGGUGCUCCAGGAGCUGGGCUUCCAGGAGCCAGAGGUGAGCGUGGAGACCCAGGGCCACGGGGUGAAGAUGGGCGCCCAGGGCCAGAAGGAGAUCGUGGUCCAGCGGGUAUGCCUGGGAACAGGGGGGAACGUGGGGACAAGGGAGACACUGGGGCUCCAGGGCCCAAAGGAGACAAGGGUGAUACCGUGGUGCUGGAGGGGCCAGCUGGAGCACGAGGCAGCAAGGGUGAGCCGGGAGACCGUGGCCUAAAGGGCAUGGAAGGGGAAAAAGGGGACAAGGGGGAGCAGGGCAUGCCUGGAGAGAAGGGGGCGAGGGGUGAGCAAGGCGAGAAGGGCUCCGUCGGCUUCCCUGGGGCACGCGGCCCCGGCGGGCAAAAGGGAGAGGUUGGAGUGCCAGGAGAGCCCGGUGAGCCGGGCCAGCCUGGCCGUGAUGGGAUCCCCGGAGCCCGGGGAGAGAAAGGGGACCUGGGACCCCUGGGCAUGAGAGGUCCUAAGGGUGACCGAGGCACGAAAGGCGCCUGUGGCCUCGAUGGGGACAAGGGUGAGAAGGGAGAGCCAGGGAUCCCAGGGCGCUCAGGGCUGCCAGGGAGGAAGGGUGAGCCGGGAGAGCUGGGUCUGUCAGGACCACCGGGCAUCCCUGGGAAGGAGGGGCUCAUGGGACCCAAGGGCGACCGGGGAUUCGAUGGGCAGCAGGGAGCCAAAGGAGACCAGGGGGAGAAGGGAGACCGGGGUGCCCCAGGAAUUAUUGGUGUCCCUGGUACCCGGGGCAGUGAUGGUUCCCCUGGCCCUCCUGGGCCCCCAGGGAAUGUUGGCCCUCGAGGUCCUGAGGGCAUGCAGGGCCAGAAGGGGGAGAGAGGCCCCCCUGGACAGUCAGUGCUCGGGGCCCCUGGUGUGCCUGGCAUCCCUGGUGAGAGAGGAGAGCAGGGCAACCCUGGCACACAGGGGCUCCGUGGGGAAAAGGGGGAGCCAGGCAUGACGGAGGAGGAAAUCCGUGCCUUUGUCAGGCAGGAGAUGAGCCAGCACUGUGGGCUCUUCCCCACCCAGCCACUCCCUGCUGUAAGUGCUCAGGCUGUCCCUGUGCUCAAGUUGUUGCACACCGAGGAAGAGAAGGGGCAGGACAGGCGAGUCAUGCUUGACACAGAUGACCUUGAGUAUGACAGCUUGUAUGAGGAGGAUGACUAUGAUGAGGUCCCGGAGAUGGACAGCUCGGAGCAGCCCUCGAUGGGUGAUGAGUUCUGCACCCUGCCUCUGGACGAGGGAGACUGCCAGCGCUACACGCUGCGGUGGUACUACAACCAAAGAGUCACCGAGUGCCGGCCCUUUGUCUACAGCGGCUGCCGAGGCAACCUCAACCGCUUCGACAGCAAGGAGGAGUGCGAGCUGCACUGCGGGCAGCGCCCGGGGGCAGAUACCCGCGGUGCGGCUGGCAGCGAUGCGGAGGGGCAGCCGAAGGCGUAG